AUGCGCUUAGCAGCAUCCAUCACUGCCAUCUUGCUGUUAUUUUCCAAUUUUUGGGCUCUCACGGGAGCGCAAACAACAGGUGCACCUGCCGACUCGCCCCAAGACUCAGACAUAUACCAGUCUUCCUAUCUCGGUGGUGACCACAACAUAGAUCCAUCAGAUCUUCCGCACUUCACGCAGAUAUGGAACGCCACAUUCAAUUCAGACGAGAAACAUUGGGCUCGCCCCCUCGUGCACACCCUCAGAUCCACCGGCCGGCAGAUUGUCUUUACCGCCUCGACUGAAAACCGUAUUCGUACUUUCGAUGCAGAGACGGGUGAGUUGUUGCAUGAACGCCAGGUAGCACCACCAUGGCCCAUGGACCGCGCAUACUGCACAAAGCUUGUCAGCCCGACACUAGGAAUUAUGGGAACACCGGUCAUCUACCGCGAAGCGGAAAACGAGAUUGCGUUCUUCUACGUCAAGAGCUACAUUGAGGAUUAUCGUGAACAAGGUGGAGCUUAUCCGCCGCUCAAUUCCGUGUACUAUUUGUACGGGGUGUAUUUAGACACAUUGCAGGAUUUGUACAAGUACCCUAUGGUCAUCGAUGGCCAGCCUUCUGACAACGAUGCACGCAAGAUCUUUUUGGGCGGCUUGGUUCUGCAGAGGCCUGCUCUUCUGCUGUUGGGCGAUGUGCUAUACGCUGGUUUCGGAGGCUUGUGCGACGCUUUCAAUUACACGGGUAGCAUUGUGGCUGUCAAUCUGGCCACACAGAGCACAUAUACCUGGACUACCCAGGCUGGAAACGCGAGUUUGUAUACAAACGACUGGACUUCAUGGCAUGGCGGCGGGGCAGGAGGUAUAUGGCAAGCAGGCAUGGGUCUCUCUUCCAACGGGAAAGAUGUCUUCUUCACCAUCGAUAAUGGUGGCGGUUCGACAUCGACUACGCUCGAUACAGCCCCCCGCUCCGGCCACUUCCCUCUUACUGUUCUCUCUGAAACCGUAGCACGUGUCACUCUCUCUGAAGACUCUGGCCUUGGCAUCCAACUCGUCGAUUUCUUCCGCCCCUCAGACUGGCAGCAAGACUCAGGCGAAGACAUCGGAAGCGGUGGUUUCGGCCUCCUCGACGCCGCCGUCUUCAGAUCUCACGAUGGAGCACGUAUUGGUGUCGCCACGUCUACAAAUCCGAAACUGUACGUUACGCGCGUAGAUGAUCUAGGAGGGUAUCUGCAAGGCGGCAAUGGAACAACAGACGGUAUUUUACAGACAAUACCACUAGACGGCGAGGUGUUCGGCGGCAUAGCCAGCUUCCCUUUGGAAGGUGGGUAUAUCUACGUCAAUCCGGGCAACACGGGACUAUCCGCUUACGCUUUCACACAAAACUCCACGUCCUCUUCGUUGUUCAGUUUUGUGGGCAAGGCUUCUCUAGUUAAUGGGCACUGGGGUGGCUCUGGGCUACCAACGGUCACCAGCUACAAAGGUAAGCCUGGUACAGGGAUUAUAUGGGCCACAGAUGUACAGCAGGGGUUGAGAGCGUACAGAGCGGUGCCAGUGAAUGGAUCGUUAGUUGAGUUGCCGCUGCCAAAGGUCGAGGGUGCGGUGAGGUUUGGAAGACCGGUAUUCGGAGAUGGGAAGGUGUUUGUUGUUGAUGGGACCGGAAGGUUGAUUGCAAUGGGUAAGAAUAAGUAG